AGGCAGUAAUCAGCUGUGAUUGGCGCCCCUAUGUCAUCGUGCCGGCAUCGCUUUUUCGCUCAAAUUUUCUUUGUGUUAAUUAUUGCCAAGAAACGAUCAUGAUGAAUUAUGCUAUGCGUCUGCUCCUUUCAAGCUUCACAAUACUUUCACUUUAUAUAAGUUGUAUUCAAGCUAAAGGAGCACAACAUGUAACUUGCGGCUCUGUACUGAAACUAAUGAAUGUAAAUUAUAAUGUGAGGCUACAUUCCCAUGAAGUCAAAUAUGGAACUGGGAGUGGACAGCAAUCAGUAACAGGUUCAAACGUCAAAGAAGAUGGUGAUUCUUAUUGGCUUAUUAAAGCAGAAUCAGGAAAACAUUGCAUACGAGGGAAACCAAUCAAAUGUGGAGAUGUUAUUAGAUUGGAACAUACUACAACAAAGAAAAAUCUUCACUCACAUCUCGUUAGUUCACCUUUGAGUGGAAAGCAGGAAGUGUCAGCAUACGGAGAUCACAGAGGAGAGGGUGAUACUGGUGACAAUUGGAUGUUAAUAUGCGAUAAUGAUUUAUGGGAGAGAGAUGAUACUAUUAAGUUAAAGCAUGUUGAUACUAAGACAUAUUUAGCUGUCAGUGGUAGAACUUAUGGUGCUCCAAUAGGUGGACAGAUGGAAGUAAUAUGCGAAUAUUCUGAAAAUCAUCCUCACACACUAUGGACAACAGUGGAAGGAAUGUUCGUUCAUCCCAAUGAUUUCAAUGCACAGCAUCAUCGACAUACGGAAUUAUAAAGGCAAUUUUUAUAGCUACUUUUUAGCAUUAUCUACAAGCAAAUGCAUAAAUAAAUUAGAAGAAAUAGCAUUACAUUAUGCUAUUAAUAAAAUCAUUCAAUUAUUUCAUAUUAAUAUUUUCUUAUGGGGCUAGUUGAAUC